GUAUAAACAUCAACUUCUAUCAAUGACUGAAGAAAUGUAUGAAUAGGUGCAAUUAGAGAAAUUAAGAAUGUCUGAAUCAAAAAAAGUUGAUGAAUAACAAAGCAUUUAAAUGAAAAAAUUAGUGUCAAAUACUGAGAAUAAUAGUAAUCAUAAUCAUGAACCUCUUUUUUCCUUUGACCAGUUAUUAUCUUAAAUAGGAUUUGGAUCUUAUUAGUUGUGGAUCUAUUUAAUUAUGGGAUUAUUGGGUGUAACAGAAGGUGCAUAAAUUACUUUAUUUACAUUAAUGAUACCAAUUCUUAAGAACUAAUGGAAUGUUCCUGACUCAUUAAACUCACUUUAAGCAAGUUUUGUUUUUGUAGGUUUUUUAACAGGUUCGAUGAUGUCAGGUUAAUUUUCUGAUCGAUUUGGUAGACGUGGUCCCUUUUUAUACAGUUCAUUUUUGACUUGUUUAGUUACUUUAGCAACUAUUUUAUGUUAGGAUAUUUACUAAUUAUUAUUUGUAAGAGGAAUAAUGGGGGUAUUGGUAGGAUUCUUUUCACCUUGUGGAGUAACAAUGUUAUCUGAAAUAACAUAGAUAGAAGUAAGAGGAAGAUAUAUGAGUCUAAUUACAUUAACAUUUUCAUUAGGUUAAUUAUUUGGUUUAUGGGUUGCUUCAUUUUUUUUAAUAAAUUUUGAUGAUGUAUAAAUUUAAAUAUGAAAUAAAGGGUAAUUGGAGAGCAAUGACAUUUUAUUGUUCGAUUCCAGGAAUGUUAGCUUGGAUUUUAUGUGUUUUAAAAUUAUAAGAAUCAGCAAGAUUUUAAUUAUUGACAGGAAAAAAGGAAGAAUCAUUUGAAAUAAUUUAAUAAAUGAGUAAAUAAAACAAUUCUCAAUUUAUUUUGACAGAUGAUAUAAAAUAAUAAUUGAUAAAUUGGGCUAAUAUGAUGAAUAAGAUUGCAAAAUAAAAAGAGAAUGUAAUUAAAUGAGUUCAUACAGUAGGCAUCUAUAGCUUCUUUAUUUGAUAAAGAUAAAUGGUUUGUAACAUGUUUAGUCUGGUUUAAUUGGUUUACACUUUCAUUUAUAUAUUAUGGAAUUGUAAUGAUGUUGCCUACAUUUUUGUAAGGACUUAAAUUAGGAGAUUCUUAUUUAGCAGUUCAUAAACUAUUAUAAUUAGUAAUAUCAUCAAUAAGUGAUAUAAUUGGAGCAGCAGCUGCUUCAGUAAUAAUUGAUGUAAAAUAUUUGGGGAGAAAGAAUUCAUUAGUUUUAUUCUUUUUUAUUUAAGCUUUAAUUUCUGCUGCAGCUUAUUUUGAUGAUGCUAGUAGAUUUAUGUUAUGGACUAAUUUUUGUAAAUUCUUUUUAUCUAUGACUUUUAUCUUUUCCUUUUAAUAUACUGCAGAAGUCUACUCAACUAAAAUUCGAACAACAGGUGUUGGAAUGGCAAAUGGAGUAGGUAGAUUAGGAGGAGUUAUUAUGCCAUGGAUCUGUCUUUAUUUGUCUUCUUUUGAUCUUUUGAGUCCCUUUUUAUUAUUUACAGGUAUUGUCAUUUAUUUAUCAUAGUCAUUUCAUUAAUGACAAGUCUCACUAAUUGUUUUUUACCUUAUGAUACAUUAGGCAAAGAAAUAGAAUGA